AAUGAUUCUCUAAGUUAAUUACACACAGUUUUUAGUUUUUUUAUUAAAGAAAAAGAUUGUGAUGAAACAACAAAUUACACAACCUCAAAAGUCACGUCUAGACGUCGAAACCAGUUCAUUAAUUUGUCUUACUUUUAAGAAUAUCAAUUCUUUUUACGCUAUUUCUACUCUACAAUUUAAACAUUGGGAAACCAUGGCUUUGGUCUCGUAUGACUAUGAAAGUGGCAGUGAAGAAGAAGAACAAGAAGAACCCUCAACUUCUUCGGAAGUUAUAAUCAAUAGCACAAAAGUUAAUAACAGUGAAGCAAAUGAAGACACAACGGAACUACCAGAAAUAUUGUCACACCUUCCUCAGACUAAAACCACAACACCCACAGUUAACGUGACGGAGGAUAAACUGGAAGAUUUUAUCCCGAAAUAUGAACCCCCUCCCAAAGAAAAUAAGAAAACUCAAAAAGUGAAAAUAACCAUUCCGAAACUAUCAGAGUUCGAAGAGGAAGAAGAGGAGGAACCACAGCGCAAGAAAACGAAAACCGUUUCGAAAAGCAGUGGCUUGUUAUCCAUGCUGCCCCCAGUUAAAGGUUCCCCACUCUCAACUAAAAGUUUCGUACCAAAUGUCCUAAAAAACAAACCUCCGGUCACCCAAAAAUCGAAAGCCAACAGUUUAGUGCCACACGCAGUUAAGAAAAAGGCAGAAAUGGCCAAAAAAGCCGCAAUUAAGAAAAUAACAAAAGGUUCAAGCAGUGAUGCCGAAAGCGACGACGAUAUUGAAGUCCCUGAGACGUUCGACGACGAAAUGUGGCAGAAGGUCUGUGGACGAAACACUAAACCCAAGCCGCCUCCAGUCGUUAACGUGGAGGAAGUUGCGCCUCCGGUGAUAAACAUCGCACCUGAGCCGGUGAAACCGUACGAUGGUUUGGAUAAUGCGGCGUUUAAAGAGCUGGUAGGAAAGGCCAAACGGCCGGUUAAUAUCAAGCUUGUGGACAUUAAUGAGGAGGAGAUUUUGCCCGACAAGGAAAUCUGGAUGACUAAGUCAUUAACCGAUCCAGAUAGCGCCCCUAAACCGGUGGUUGAGGAACCGGUGGACCCCACAAGGAAGAAGAAACACCACAUUACUUAUCUGGCAGAACAGGCGAAAUUGAACGAACAGGAGUUCCAAAGUCAAUGGUCUGCUAGUAAAUAUGCGCGAAAUCAAACACGGGCCAAAUACGGUUUUUAAAAGUGUGUAUAAUAUAUUAAUUAAAAAAAUAACUGGUGGAGAACUUGUUAUGCAACGUUUUGUCUGUUAACCACCACUCAUCAGGCUAAAGAAAAAAUUAAACAUCGACAUUUUAACAGUAAAA